UUGACUUAUUGUGAGCCUGUUAUAUUGCGCCCUCUACUGACGAUUAGUACAAAAACUAACGUUGCUUAUCAAGACUAACAUGCAGCAAAGUGACACGGCAACAUCAUCAUCAGAGCAAAUCGUGUUUUGCAAUCAUUUUUCAUCACUCGUCAGUGGAUGCUGCAAGCUAGCUGAGGUGGUGUCUUUUUGUCGUUUCAAACAAUUCAAGAUGAUGAUGUAUUUGAAAAUAUUCCUUGUUGUUCUGCUGGCAGCAUACGCUUCGUCUGCCCCUUUAACUAAUGGAACAGAACCAAAUGAAGAUCUGGGUGUUUUCCCAUCAGUGACGAACCCAGCAGUAACAACUGGAUCAUCAGCUGCCACAGUGGAUGUGCCAACUGCUACAACUGUAGCAGCGCAGACAGAAGCCACCGCAGCAGUCACAUCUGUUAAAGCUGUUACUGUUAAACCAACAACCCUGCCACCAACUACAGCAAAAUUAACAACAGGGCCAACAACGGCAGGAAAGCAAACCACCCCGAACUCCGACAAAACAACGCCACCCCCAACAACUCCUGCUGCUGGACCAACUGGAAAGGACGUAACAACCGGAAAGGACGUAACAACUGCAUCCCCCGCGACGAAAGAACCGUCCACUCAAAAGUUUGACGCGGCCAGUUUUAUUGGCGGGAUCGUCUUAGGCAUUGUCAUCGUCGCUAUACUCGGGUUUGCAUACAGCUUCUACAAGACUCGACGGGACAAGAACUAUCACACUCUUUAAAGCAAAAGGUAUACAUUAAAGGUGCAUCACACUUUUUUAUUUAGUCGGUAAAGUAGGGGAAUGAAAUUUGACCUUGAAAAGUAUUUUUUGAUGAGAUGAUUUUAUUGUUUUUAUUUAUAAUUAUUUUAUUACACACCCAAGAGCGCAAACAUCAAUAACGGGAUGCGAUUAGGAAACAAGAAGAAAUAUUCAGUUUUUUUUUAAAGGAAAUAUCUUUACAUCUCAAAGUCACUGGAUAAAUAAUUAAGUUUUAGGUGUGGGACGAAAACCCCUGAAUGGGGGAAAACCCACGCAAUCAGGUUGGGACUGAAAAAGCAAUGCACAUGCAAGUCUGAUGAGUUGGGAUUCGAACCUGGGGUAAACAGAAAUAAAACUGGCAGGGAAAGAAAUCACUGAGCCAACCUGAUGCCGUGUUUGUUAUAGUACAAUCAACUAAAACAACUCGGAAUAAACUAAAAGGCAGUGGACACUUUUGGUAAUUGUCAAAGACUAGCCUUCACAGUUGGUGUAUCUCAACAUAUGCAUGAAA